AUGAUUCUCGAAGAUGUCCUAAAUUAUCCGAAAGAAAAUGAAGUUACACAGUUGUUGACUGAUGAAAAAAUAAUCGAGAGCAUUACGGGAACUGAUAAAGAUGUGGAGGAAGAUGAUGAAAUAUGGCAACAUGGUCAUGUAGAGAUUAUUGCUAAUGACCAAGGGAAUCGUACUACUCCAUCUUAUGUUGCCUUUACUGAUACUGAACGUUUGAUUGGAGAUGCUGCUAUGGAUCAAGCUGCUUUUAAUCCUGCCAACACCAUUUUCAAUGCAAAACGAUUAAUUGGCAGGAAAAUCAGCAAUAGCCUUGUUCAGAGUUGUCCCUUCAAAGUCAUUGCUGGCAUGGACGAGAUACCCAUGAUUCAAGUCGAUGACAAGGGAAAGGAUAUACAGUUUUCAGCUGAGGAAAUCUCAUCCAUGGUUCUGAUUAAGAUGCGAGACACUGCCGAACCUUAUCUUGGUUCGAGCGUUAAGAAUGCUGUUAUUACAGUCCCUGCUUACUUCAACGAUUCUCAGCGUCAUGCUGCCAGGGAUGAUGGUACAAUUGCUGGUCUAAAUGUAGAGCGAAUCAUUAGUCAACCAACGACGGCUGCUUUUGCUUAUGCCGUCGAUCAGCGAGGAACAAAUAAUGAUGCGGAGAAUGUUCUUAUUUUUGAUCUUGGUGGUAGUUUUAAUGUCUCACUAUUCACAAUAGAAAGUAAUAUAUUUGAAGUCAAGGCUACAACUGGAGAUACACAUCUUGGAGGAGUGGAGUACGAUAAUCGUAUGUUAAAUCACUUCGUUCAAGAGUUCAAGAGGAAGCAUAACAAGGACGUUAGUGGGAACCCAAGGGCUCUGACGAGGUUGAGAACAUCAUGUGAGAAGGCAAAGAGGAUUCUCUCGUCUACUACCCAGACAACCAUUGCACUUGAUUCUUUGUAUGAAGGAAUCGAUUUUCAUAUGUCUAUUACUCGUGCUAAAUUCGAAGACGUGAACUUGGAUUUGUUCCUGAAAUGCAUGGAACAUGUUGAGAAGUGUUUGAGAGAUGCAGAAAUGGACAAGAGCUCUGUUCACCAAGUUGUCCUUGUCGGUGGAUCCACUAGAAUUCCCAAGAGCAUCAACCCUGAUGAGGCUGUUGCUUAUGGUGCUGCAGUGCAAGCUGCAAUUUUGAGUGCGGAUGAUGAGAAGAUUAAUGACUGGCUGUUGUUGGCUGCGACUCCUCAUUCUCUUGGAAUGGUUCCCACCAUGAAGGAGGGGAAAUUCACUAUGAUCUCCGACGAACAAAGGCAUGUGUCGAUUGCUGUGUAUGAGGGUGAAAGAGCCAGAAGCAGCGAGAAUAACCUUUUGGGUAAACUCACUUUGUCGGAAACUACUCCAGCACCAAAUGGUGUUCACGACAUUUCCGUGUGCUUCAGUAUUGACACAGAUGGUAUAUUAACUGUUUUUGCUGAGGACAAGUUAACAAAGAGCGAAAAUAAGGUUAAAUUUACAAUUGACAAGGGUAGGUUGUCGAAAGAUGAGAUUGAGAGUUUGGUUCUAGAAGCUGAGAAAUACCAGCAAGAAGAUCAAGAACACCAGAAGAAGGUAGAGUCAAGGAACUUAUUGGAGAACUACACAUACAACAUGAGGAAUACAAUCAAUAAUUCUGGAUGGAAGCUAGCAUUGGAUAAUAAGAAGAAGCUCGAGGAUGCAGUCAACGGUGCCAUUCAGUGGUUGGAUGAGAAUGAAUUAGCUGACGCAGAUGAUGUUAACGACAAGAGGAAGGAGUUGGAGAAUGUGUGCAUCCCCAUCAUAGGCAAGAUUUACCAGCAAGGUGGUGCUGCACCCAAAAUCGAGGAAGACAAGAGGAAGGAGUUGGAGAAUGUAUGCAACCCUAUGAUAGCCAAGAUUUACCAGCAAGGUGGUGCUGCACCCAAAAUUGAGGAAGUCGAUUAA